AUGGCUGGUGCAAUGUACUCUGAUUCCCUGGCCCAGAUUCACUCGUUAGACAGUGACGUACCUGAGUCCACCCUCGCGAUAAUUCGAAUCAGUGAGCCUAUCGGCUCCGCAUCAGACGGCAAUGCUGGACCAGAUCGCUCGCCAUCGAAGCGGGCCUCCGAUGUUUCUACUGAUGCAUACGAUAAUCCAACUCCAGCUUCUUUAGAGGCGGACCUAACACAUUAUAAGGAAUUGUUCUCAAAGUUACGGUUUUCCUAUCUCGAACAAGUAACGAAGGAGAAGUUUCUACGCGCAAUUGUUGGCGACCCUCCAUUGGUUGUUGGGCAUAGCGAUAAUCUAGAAUUGGAGGCGGAGUUGGCGCAAGUGAAGGAAGAAUUGCAACGAAGGAAAGAAGAAGUUCGGAUUUCGGUGGAGGAAAUGGAGAAGAUGGGAUAUGCAGCUGUACAGUUACAAACCGCCCAGCUUUCGGAGCUGCCUUCAUCAAUCGCAAACCUUGAAUCAACAAUUACACAGCUUCGUGUGGCACAAUCGUCGAAGCUCCAUGCACGUUCAUCGUCGUCUCCAUCCCAGAAUCUUCCCCUUGAUGCUACUCUUCACCUCCUGGCCGACAAGGACGCGGAACUGACGACUGUCAAACGAACAUUAGCAUCAUCAGAAACAGCAUUAGCCCGGAAGACGGCGGAAUCUGAAGCAAUGGAACGGGAGCUAGCCAUCCUGGAAAAGAGGAGAAAUGACGUUGUUGCGCAAGCCAAGGAAGCGCAGAGGCGGAAGCUCCAGGGAGAAAGUGACGGGCUGGAAGAAAUGGGGAGAUGGUAUACUGGGACAGAGCAGGUGUUGAAGGAAUUAGUAUGA